UUGACGUCAGCUCUCUCUUCCCUGCCUAUCCGCGACCGUGGUGGGCAGCGUAUCUCUCCCCGCAUCUUUGUCCGUAUCAAGAAUCCGAGACCAUCCGCCAACAUGGUGAACUUCACCGUAGACCAGAUCCGCGCCAUCAUGGACAAGAAGUCCAACAUCCGGAACAUGUCUGUGAUCGCCCACGUCGACCACGGCAAGUCCACCCUGACCGACUCGCUGGUGUCCAAGGCGGGGAUCAUCGCCUCGGCCCGCGCCGGCGAGACGCGCUUCACCGACACCCGGAAGGACGAGCAGGAGCGCUGCAUCACCAUCAAGUCCACUGCCAUCUCCAUGUACUACGAGCUGAGCGACAACGACUUGGCCUUCAUCAAGCAGUGCAAGGACGGCUCGGGCUUCCUCAUCAACCUGAUCGACUCCCCCGGGCACGUGGACUUCUCCUCGGAGGUCACCGCCGCCCUGCGCGUCACUGACGGGGCCCUGGUGGUCGUGGACUGCGUCUCCGGUGUGUGCGUGCAGACCGAGACGGUGCUGAGGCAGGCCAUCGCCGAGCGGAUCAAGCCGGUUCUGAUGAUGAACAAGAUGGACCGGGCCCUGCUGGAGCUGCAGCUGGAGCCGGAGGAGCUGUACCAGACCUUCCAGCGCAUUGUGGAGAACGUCAACGUCAUCAUCUCCACCUACGGGGAGGACGAGACCGGGCCCAUGGGCAACAUCAUGAUCGACCCAGUGAUCGGUACCGUGGGGUUCGGUUCUGGUCUGCACGGCUGGGCCUUCACCCUGAAGCAGUUUGCGGAGAUGUACGUGGCCAAGUUCGCUGCCAAGGGUGACGCCCAGCUGGCGCCGGCCGAGAGGGCCAAGAAGGUGGAGGACAUGAUGAAGAAACUGUGGGGAGACAGGUACUUUGACCCAGCUACCGGGAAAUUCAGCAAGACCGCCAACUCCCCAGAUGGCAAGAAGCUGCCUCGCACCUUUGCACAGCUCAUCCUGGACCCCAUCUUCAAGGUGUUCGACGCCAUCAUGAACUUCAAGAAGGAGGAGACGGCGAAGCUGAUCGAGAAGCUGGACAUCAAGCUGGACAACGAGGACAAGGACAAGGAGGGCAAGCAGCUGCUGAAGGCCGUGAUGCGCCGCUGGCUGCCGGCGGGAGAAGCGCUGCUGCAGAUGAUCACCAUCCACCUGCCCUCGCCCGUCACCGCCCAGAAGUACCGCUGCGAGCUGCUGUACGAGGGGCCUGGCGACGACGAGGCCGCCAUGGGCAUUAAGAACUGCGACCCCAAGGCCCCUCUGAUGAUGUACAUCUCCAAGAUGGUGCCGACCACUGACAAGGGACGAUUCUACGCCUUUGGCAGAGUGUUCUCUGGCUGUGUCUCCACCGGCCUCAAGGUCCGGAUCAUGGGACCAAACUACACCCCAGGAAAGAAGGAGGACCUCUACCUCAAACCCAUUCAGAGGACCAUCCUGAUGAUGGGCCGGUACGUGGAGCCCAUCGAGGACGUGCCCUGCGGCAACAUCGUGGGGCUGGUCGGCGUGGACCAGUUCCUGGUGAAGACGGGGACCAUCACCACCUUCGAGCAGGCACACAACAUGCGCGUGAUGAAGUUCAGCGUGAGCCCCGUGGUGCGCAUCGCCGUGGAGGCCAAGAACCCCGCCGACCUGCCCAAGCUGGUGGAGGGGCUGAAGCGCCUGGCCAAGUCCGACCCCAUGGUGCAGUGCAUCAUCGAGGAGUCUGGCGAGCACAUCAUCGCCGGCGCCGGAGAGCUGCACCUGGAGAUCUGCCUCAAGGACCUGGAGGAGGACCACGCCUGCAUUCCACUGAAGAAAUCGGACCCCGUGGUGUCUUACAGAGAGACGGUGAGCGAGGAGUCCAACCAGAUGUGCCUGUCCAAGUCCCCCAACAAGCACAACCGCCUGUACAUGCGCGCGCGCCCCUUCCCCGAGGGGCUGGCCGAGGACAUCGAGAAGGGCGACGUGACCGCGCGCCAGGAGCUGAAGGCGCGGGCCCGCUACCUGGCCGACAAGUACGAGUGGGAUGUGGGCGAGGCCCGUAAGAUCUGGUGCUUCGGCCCAGAUGGCACCGGGCCCAACGUGCUGGUGGACGUGACCAAGGGAGUGCAGUACCUGAAUGAGAUCAAGGACAGCGUGGUGGCUGGGUUCCAGUGGGCUACCAAGGAGGGCGCCCUGUGCGAGGAGAACAUGCGCGCUGUGCGCUUCGACAUCCACGACGUGACCCUCCACACGGACGCCAUCCACCGCGGCGGUGGCCAGAUCAUCCCCACGGCCCGCCGCGUGCUGUACGCCUGCCAGCUGACCGCUCAGCCCCGCCUCAUGGAGCCCAUCUACCUGGUGGAGAUCCAGUGCCCCGAGCAGGUUGUGGGCGGAAUCUAUGGUGUGCUGAACAGGAAGAGAGGCCACGUGUUCGAGGAGUCGCAGGUGGCAGGGACGCCCAUGUUCAUCGUCAAGGCCUACCUGCCCGUCAACGAGUCCUUCGGCUUCACCGCCGACCUGCGCUCCAACACCGGAGGCCAGGCCUUCCCGCAGUGCGUGUUCGACCACUGGCAGGUGCUGCCCGGGGACCCCUACGAGGCCAGCAGCAAGCCCUUCCAGGUCGUGGCCGAGACGCGCAAGCGCAAGGGGCUGAAGGAGGGCAUCCCAGCUCUGGACAACUUCCUGGACAAACUGUAACGACCCCCCCCAGCACCCCCCACCCCACCUCCCCUGCCCCCUUCAUCUUCCUCCACUGCGCCUGGGUGAGGGCCAGGACUGUACAGACCACCGCGAGCAUCACAGACACUUGACUUGCCAAAACAGAGAAAUCCAGAUGAACUCAACGGCUACAUAAAACAAAUUAUGGAGAAAAAAAAUAAACAAUAAAUGAACAUAAAAACUGGA